AUUUUGUAUAGAAAUGCAGAGCAGAGGACCGCAAAGUUUUUGACGUAGGAGGAGAUUAGGGCUCAGUCAUCUCUCCCAUCUCCGUCUCGCUCUCGCUCUGCCUCUCACCGCCACUCCCGCAGGGUUUUCAAGAUUAGGGUUUUGACGCUUCCCUCUCUGCGCCAUGUCUUCCACACUCGAAAUCGAAGCCCGAGAUGUGAUCAAGAUUGUACUUCAGUUCUGCAAAGAGAACUCCCUGCAUCAAACUUUUCAAACACUCCAGAAUGAGUGCCAAGUUUCUCUGAAUACAGUUGACAGCCUGGAAACAUUUAUUGCUGAUAUAAACAGUGGAAGGUGGGAUGCUAUCUUACCUCAAGUUGCACAACUUAAGCUUCCACGAAAAAAAUUAGAAGACCUAUACGAGCAGAUUGUUUUGGAAAUGAUUGAACUGCGGGAGAUUGAUACUGCUCGUGCUAUAUUAAGACAAACACAGGUGAUGGGUGUCAUGAAACAGGAACAACCAGAGCGGUACUUACGACUUGAGCAUCUACUUGUUCGGACUUAUUUUGACCCGAAUGAAGUGUAUCAGGACUCUACAAAGGAGAAAAGACGCGCUUCAAUAGCACAAGCUAUUGCUGCGGAAGUUUCAGUGGUUCCGCCUUCGCGAUUGAUGGCUUUGAUUGGCCAAGCCCUUAAGUGGCAGCAGCAUCAAGGUUUACUUCCACCUGGAACACAGUUUGAUCUGUUCCGAGGUACUGCUGCUAUGAAACAAGAUGUAGAAGACAUGUUCCCAACAACUCUUGGGCACACUAUAAAGUUUGGGAAGAACAGUCAUCCAGAGGGUGCUAAGUUCUCUCCAGAUGGUCAAUUCCUUGUUUCUUGUUCCGUUGAUGGCUUUAUUGAGGUGUGGGAUCACAUAAGUGGAAAACUGAAGAAGGAUCUUCAAUACCAGGCUGAUGAAACUUUUAUGAUGCAUGAUGAUGCUGUCCUAUGUGUUGAUUUUAGUAGAGAUUCUGAGAUGCUUGCAUCUGGAUCCCAAGAUGGGAAGAUAAAGGUGUGGCGUAUAAGAACUGGUCAGUGCUUGCGGCGGCUGGAGCGUGCACAUUCUGAGGGUGUCACCAGUGUCACAUUUUCUAGAGAUGGAACACAGUUAUUAAGUACAUCAUUUGACAGCACUGCUAGGAUUCAUGGCUUGAAGUCCGGGAAAAUGUUGAAGGAGUUCCGCGGCCAUACAUCUUAUGUGAAUGAUGCCGUUUUCACUGCUGAUGGUUCUCGUGUCAUAACUGCAUCUAGUGAUUGCACUGUGAAAGUUUGGGAUGUGAAGACUACAGAUUGUCUGCAGACAUUUAAACCACCGCCUCCUCUCAGGGGUGGUGAUGCAUCUGUGAAUUCUAUUCAUCUAUACCCAAAAAAUGCAGAUCAUAUAAUUGUAUGCAACAAAACGUCAUCAGUGUACAUCAUGACACUCCAAGGACAGGUUGUGAAAAGUUUUUCAUCUGGUAAAAGAGAAGGCGGGGAUUUCAUGGCAGCUUGUUUAUCCCCCAAAGGGGAUUGGAUAUAUUGUGUUGGUGAAGACAGAACUUUAUAUUGCUUCAGUCAUCAAUCUGGCAAUCUGGAGCAUCUAAUGAAGGUUCAUGAGAAGGAUGUGAUAGGCAUCACUCACCAUCCCCACAUAAACCUCAUCGCCACAUACGGUGAAGACUCUACCAUGAAGUUAUGGAAGCCUUGAAAAAGCAAGCAAAGAGAGUUUGCUACUACCAGGACCUCUCCACCUGCUGCUGCUGCUGCCCUCCAGAUCCAUGAAUAUAACAAUAUAGUCGUGCUGUUUCUGGGCAGCCAGCACGAGUACAGAUACAGAAGUGAUAUCUUUGUGUUGUAAUAGAGGAGGAUAAAAUGCUGGGGGUGGGAAGAUGAUUAUAUAUUAUUAUUGUUAUUAUUAUUGAAUGAA